UUCCGCGUUGCACUGAUUGGCAGAGGGUUUUUGGAAGCACCAGGUUGUUUCUUUUUUUAUUUUUUUCUCCCUCUUAAACUGGGGUAUAAAAUGAAUUCCAAUCUCAGCAGAGGAUUCAUCUUCCUCCUGGAGCGAUGACUGGGGCUGCCCUCUUCCAGAUCCUCCUGCUGGCGGGCCUGCUGAGCGCCAAGCGGUUCCCGUGCUUUCCCGAGUACUGUCUCCAUGACCAGGACUACCAGGAGCUGCUGCAGAUCGUCCAGGGUGGGCUGGAGCCCGCGGCCCGCCCGGCGCACGUGGUGGUGGUGGGCGCGGGCAUCGGCGGGCUGACGGCGGCCAAGCUGCUCCGCGACGCUGGCCACAAGGUUACCAUUCUGGAAAGGAGCAGCUGGGUCGGGGGGCGGAUCCGGACGUACCGGCCCGAGGGACAGGACUGGUACGUGGAGCUGGGAGCCAUGCGCCUGCCGGGCAAGCACAGGCUGGUCCGUGAAUUCAUCCGCCAGUUCAACCUGAAGCUGAACCCUUUCAUCCAGAGCGACAACAACACCUGGUACUUCCUGAAGGGCGCUCGGGUCAGGGCUGAGGAGGUCAACAGGAACCCCGACAUCCUGAAUUACACGCUGAAGCCGUCGGAGCGGGGCAAGAGCCCCGUCCAGCUGUACCGGGAGGUCCUGAGCAAGGCUUUUAAGAAGUUCCAGACCACGGAUUGCAGGAAAUAUCUGGCUCAACACGACUCCUUCUCCACCAAGGAAUAUUUGAUCAAGGUGGGGGAGCUGAGCCGAGGAGCUGUUGAGAUGAUCGGUGACUUGCUGAAUGAGGACUCGGGGUUUUACCUGUCCUUCCUCGCCUCACUGUGGGACUUCGACGUCUUCUCUGAAGAGACUUUUGAUGAAAUCACCGGAGGGUUUGACCAGCUGCCCAAAGCCUUCCACAAGGCUCUGCCCAACGUCGUCCAGUUCAACUGCACCGUGGAGAAGAUCAUGACGAAGGGCGACAAAGUCCGAGUGUUCUACCGAGCCCCGGACACGCUGGCCCCCACCAUCAUCACUGCAGAUUACGUCCUUGUCACCUCCAGUGCCAAAGCUACCAGGCACAUCCAGUUCCUGCCGCCACUGUCCCCCGCCAAGGCCCACGCCCUGCGCUCCAUCAACUACGCCAGUGCCUCCAAAAUUAUCCUGGCCUGCUCCGAGAGGUUCUGGGAGAAGGACGGGAUCCGCGGGGGCUGCUCGGUCACCGACCGCCCCUCCCGCUUCAUCUACUACCCCAGCCACAACUUCUCCAGCGGGGUGGGCGUCAUCCUGGCCUCCUACACCUGGAACAACGACGCCGAGUUCUUCCUGCCCCUCACCGACGAGAAGUGCCUGGACGUGGUGCUCCAAGACCUGGCGGACAUCCACCAGGUGAGCAAGGAGUACCUGCAGUACACCUGUGACCAGCACGUGAUCCACAAGUGGCAGCUGGACCAGCACGCCCUGGGGGCUUUCGCUGCCUUCACCCCGUACCAGUUCGUGGAUUACUCGCAGGCCCUGUUCGCCCACGAGGGCCGGGUGCACUUUGCCGGGGAGCACACGGCCCAGCCCCACGCCUGGAUCGACACGGCCAUGAAAUCGGCCGUCAGGGCCGCCAGCAACAUCCACCACGACAGCGGCGAGGCCGCGGCCAACGGCGAGGGGCUGGGGGGACGCGCGCCGAGGGAAGAGCUCUGAGCCAUCCUUUGGCGGCGUGAAUCUGGUCCUGCUGAUUUAUUAAAAAUAUGGAUACUGGUCUAGCACUGAUAUCCUGCUGUGACGGACAAAAA